GUUUGUCGUCCCUCCUGUUCGCCAUGUCACCAUGAAGGGAAGGCUACUCGGUUAUCCCUCAACAUGUGAGUUCCGAGGGGUUAUACAUUCAUGCACUCUAAGCCUUGCAUGUUGGCUGGUCGGGGGCACGUUGACGGGGGGCUGCGGAGGGGAUCUGCUCUCUGAUUGGCUCUUCACCUGCUGUGUUACGCCACAUCCCCCCCACCACUUGCGACAGCAGCCUCUUAGACGGUGGGGACUUCAUCACCACCCCCCUCCACAAGUAGAAUGUGGGACGCCUGUUGCGGGAAUUCAAAAGAGAAUUAUCGGAGGUGCAGAGGCAAACUUCGGAGAGUUUCCAUGGCAAGCUCAUAUACGUAUCUCAGGCUACCAGUGUGGUGGAGUGCUGGUUAACUCUAGAUAUGUGGCUACCGCAGCUCACUGUAUAUACAGGGCAAGAGUGAAGGACAUAAUGGUGUACCUUGGAGAGUUCGACACUCAGAACACUGGCCAGUAUUUUGAGCCAGUCCCGGAGGAGGCAUAUCGGGUGAUCAAGAAAAUCAUUCAUCCAAAGUUCCAAUAUCGUUUGUCUCAGCCUGACAGAUAUGACGUUGCCCUUCUUAGACUAGCAAGGCCUACAGUCUACCGAGACAACAUUCUUCCUAUCUGUCUGCCGCAACGGGGAGAAACUUUUAGUGGUGAAACUGGCGUGGUCGCUGGAUGGGGUAAAACCGACACCACUUAUGGUAAAACAGGGACCAAUAUUUUACAAAAGGCCUUUGUUCCAAUUCUCUCAGAUGAAAAAUGUGUCAUAUGGCACAAGCAUAAGAGGAUCAAGGUUGAGCUUCAUGAAGAAAUGUUCUGUGCUGGCCACAGCGAUGGCCAUAUGGAUGCCUGUUUGGGAGACUCUGGGGGGCCUCUGGUAGUGUAUCACAAGACAAGACAGAGGUGGACAUUGGCAGGCAUCACAAGCGCAGGAUUUGGUUGUGCCGGAGACUCUGGGGGGCCUCUGGUAGUGUAUCACAAGACAAGACAGAGGUGGACAUUGGCAGGCAUCACAAGCGCAGGAUUUGGGAGACUCUGGGGGGCCUCUGGUAGUGUAUCACAAGACAAGACAGAGGUGGACAUUGGCAGGCAUCACAAGCGCAGGAUUUGGUUGUGCCGUGGACACCACCAUAUUGUAGUCAAGUGUGAUUGUGAAAGUUUGAUGUUGCAGGGAGACUCUGGGGGGCCUCUGGUAGUGUAUCACAAGACAAGACAGAGGUGGACAUUGGCAGGCAUCACAAGCGCAGGAUUUGGUUGUGCCGUGGACCAUCAACCAGGAAUAUACCACAAAGUAACCCACACCACCGACUGGAUUGCCAACAAAAUCAACAAUUAA